GGAAUGACUCCUUUUAAAUUUUCUCAGGAAUGACUCCCUUGAUAAUAGCAUCCAAGAACUUGAGGUACGGUGACAGAGGGGUCGUAAAGGCUCUCCUCGACGCAGGUGCCAAAGUCAACCACCAGGACAGUGAAGGUCAUACUGCCCUGUCAAGGUCCCUGGAGAAGAAUCCUAUCGUGAUCUAUGACGCAGUCAAUAGUUUGCUAGCAGCUGCUGCAGAUGUGGAAUUGCCGCCUGAACCAGCAAUGAGCCCUCUGCAAGAAGUUGCCUCCAAGAGUGACAAUCACCGUCUCCUGGAACAACUGAUCGAGGCCGGCGCAGAUGUUAACAGAACAUCCGCCGCAGGAAAAACUGCACUGAUGUAUUCUGCAACGGGAAGCGAGUCGGGCGCUGAUCUACUGAUUGAUGCGGGAGUUGAUAUUAAUGCUAAAGACGAUGCAGGCGAUUUUGCACUACUGCUAGCUUGCAAGAGCGGUCGUUCAGAGUCCCAGAGCUUAUUCGUCGAUCACCUACUGGAAAAAGGUGUGGAUGUCAACGCAGCAUCUGCGACAGGGAAUACGGCGCUCCACGAAGCAGCUCGCAAUGCCCUCCCCUACGUCUGUCGAAGAUUGGUCGAAAGUGGAGCGUCGGUUUAUGCAGUUGAUUACCAAGGAUACACUCCACUGAUGUCAAUGGGGGGAUACUUUGACCAUAGACAUUUAGUAAUCGAGAUCCUACUGGCAGCCGGAAGUGACAUCAACCACGAGAGUAACACAGAUGGAACGGUUGUACACUUGCUUGUGACGUACGGUGACGCGAUGUCACUGAAACUAGUCAUGGGAUUCUGUCCUGAUUUAACAAAGACCAACGACCAAGCUCAGACUCCACUGGCCUUGGCCCAGUCGAGGUUUAACAGUGAAGAGUUCAUCGACAUCCUGAAUGCAAAGUACACAGCGUCUUGUGCCUACGACUUGAAAAUCUACAAAGAGGGUGACCGCUGGUGUGAUCACAAGACAUCUAAGGCGUAUGAGUGCCUGAGCAACUGUCAGUCUCAAGAGAUUGUCGGAGGCCUACCAGAAUGCGGCUCCGGUGGAGGUAUACCAGCAUGAAGGAGUAUGUGAAUGUUUACGUCAACGUCGACUACAGGACGGGGAAAUCACUCUGUCUUCUCUUCCUUCUUCUUCUUCUUCUCCUUCCCUUUCGCCUAGAGAAGUCACCCUGAAUACUUUACUCCAGUACUUUCGUGCACACUUGCUUUUUCUGUUCUUAAAUUGACACGUUCUACUUUCAUGGAGUUAUUAUUAUUUUUUAUGAAGCAACAAGUGAUAUUAACCAAAGUGUCUUCCUCAAACGGGAAAUAUGAGACAUUUACAAAAGCCAUCUUCAUCAAUUUUGUCUAAAUUGUACCUUAUGCCGGAGUGAUUAUGAUGAAUAGGCCUAUGGAACCAUGAGCUUUGCCAAGUAUGUUGCCUCAGAGUUCUUUGCCUAAAACCGAGUCUCCUAAAAGAGGCAUCAAAGCAAAUAUUUUGAGAUACCUUACUGAACUCAAUAACAUCCGACUUGCUCUCAUUUCGAAUGUAGCUUAACUUCAGGAAUAAUGUUUUUAAGAAAUAUUAUAAUUGAUGUAAAAGUUAAAUAAAUA